UAUUUUUUAUUUAUUUAUUUUUUUCUAUUUCAUUAACGCUGAUAUGUCAUCUACCACUACUACCACGGAUACUUCUUUACUUCACCCACUUGAUAUGCCUGAGAUAUCAUCUAGCAAUAGCAGCCGACGAACAAGUAUCUCAUCCAUACACGAAGAAGAUUGGAGCCAAUUAUUAUCUCAAUUCGACGCUCAUCCUGAUAUCUUGAUGCUCAUUCAACAAUGUAAAAAGGAAGAAGAUAACCGUCGUCAUGAAGAAACCAAGAUGAAAUUGAAAGAAUACCAGCUCUAUUGCGAAUUACAAAAGAACCUGUAAACAACAAAAAAGAAAGACUUCACUCCUUUUUCUCUCUCCUUGGCUUUAGUUACACCCACAUCUAUUGAACAUAUGCUCUGUAUGGCGUGUAUGUGUGUGUGUAUCGCACGCGGCAGGUACACGCGCGCAUAUACACAGAUAAACGCGCAAAAAAAAAAACUCAAUGCGACAAUACGUCCACUCCUUAUCUUGAUUAUUUUUAUAUGACUUUAAAGGGCAGCAAAACAAAAAAACAGUUUAUGGGCUGCUGUAUUAAAAUUUUGCUUUAAAAUAAAAUUAUGUUCUCUCGUUUCACAGACGCGUUCUUUCUUGUUCCCG